AUGCAAUAAUUGUUUAACAAUCUUAAAAUUCUUAACAAGCAUUAUCAACCCAUGCACAGGCUUAAUUUAUUACACAACUAAGUUAAUUAUCUAUCUGAUUGCAAUUUAGUAUAUUGCAUUCACCAUUCUACCAUAUACAAUAAUUUGAUUAUUAACAUUAUUCACUAAGAAAACUAGAACAUUAACAUUUAUUACUAGGUUGAUAUUAAUUAAUAAUAAAUUAGGCUGGAGCUGAAUAAAUACAUGGAAAACAUACUCCAGUAGAAUUUGUAUUUUAAAUCCAAUAAUGUGUCUGGAAAGUCAGAAAUUAGCAAUCUUGA